UCGGAAACCGAUGAUAAGACAUGGCAUUGAAUUUCAGCUAUGCCUAUUGUUUACAUCGCUAUGUAAAUAAUGUAAUAUCCGCGAACCGUUUUUCCUCGUUCAAUUGUUAUUGUUGGUGACGGAAUCCGAAUUAUCGUGACCCAACAGCCGAGUUCCAGUUGUGAGUGUACCCACCUACUUGAUUGUUUUAUGAUCAUAUUAUUAAUAUACUGAGGAUUUCGCCAUGUAUUCUGAAAGUUAUGGAACAACCUUCUGAUCAAGAUAAAACAAUGGUUGCUAGUCUGCAGUUGAGACGCAAGGCUCUGGAAGCCAAAAUCAUCGAGAAAAACCGUGAACUCAAGCGGUUAUGUAUACAAGAGGCAGAGUUGACAGGCACUCUACCCCCGGAAAUCCCCUUGGAUCCUGGGGAAACGCCACCUACGUUUCGUAGACGCAUUGGCACUUCAUUUACUUAUCCUGAAAAUUUGAUAAACAAAUUAAAAUUUAAAGAUGAAGAGACGUUGGCAUCGCUUGAACUUGAGUUCAAAAUUCAAAAAGGCAUUGCAGAAGCGGCCUUGGGGUUAGCUAAUGAUGAGACGGCUAACAAAUCGGUUAGACGUAAACAUCGCAUGAUGUACCAGCAAAGUCAGCAGAGAUUAACAGAACUUGAGAUGAGAAUUAAUUUAUGUCAUAAUCAAAAAGUAAAAAAGAAACCUCGUCCAGAGAGCAGUUAUAUACCAGAUUUUACAAACAAUCAUAGUGUAUCUGAUGGUAAUUUUGUUGUGCCUAAGGACCCCAAUGUUCAGUCCAUAAAAAUGUUAUCUCACAAACCUAAUUUAAGGCAGUCUCACAGUUACAAUAAAUUUCCAAGUCAAAGAAAUUCACAUGAUCCAAGAAUUGGAAAUGGUAUACAUAACACAUGGAAUUCGCACGAACCCAUCACAACAUCUAGUAUUCAACCUAUAUUAUUACCAAGAUCUACUAUUAGUAUGGAUAAAGACCAUGGGAAUUAUCCAAAAGACAAUGGUGUAAUUUAUAAUAACAAUUCUGCUCACGUAUCAACCAUCCACGACAUGCCAUGUAAAAUGCCUGAACAAGAUUUUACUUCAAAAUAUAGAGACAGAUUUGGCAGUUUGGAUAGAAGACACACAAGAAGUUCUAGUUCACGAAGUAACAGUAGUGUUGAUCACGUUGACAGCAAUGUGCUAUCAAUGCCACGAUAUUCAAACUCGCAACAUUUUACAAGUACAAUAUUAUUACCCAAUCAAACAUACCCAGAAAAUAGUUUAAUGAGAACACACUCUUUGGGAAACAUUAAAAAUGAGAAUCAACCACAAUCGGAAAAGGUGUUACCCGAGGUUACCCCUCCAGAUAACAGAAAAGUAUCGGAAAAGAAAUGGCUCGAAACUUCACUUGACAGCAGUAGUGUGGAUUCAAUACCACCACCAGCAAAGCAUGAAUUGCCACCUCCUCCAAGGAAAAUGGCUACACCCCCAGUAAUAACUCAACAACUUGAAGUGAAGUCCUCAACGUUUGAUACACAAGUCAAUCAGUUUGAUACUGUACCAUUCGAGUCUCCUAAAAAUCAUACAGUAGUCCAAGUCGGGAAGUGGCAACCGUAUCGUGAAGUGACUAAACCGUUUGAAAUGUCAGAUUUCUAUAAAUACAGUACAAGAUAUAGAAAAACAUCUGGCAAUUCCAAUAGCACUUCUUCAGAUGUAUCUCAGACUCCUAAUGUUGCUGAACCUGCUAUGCCACCGCCUCCUCCCCCUCCACCUUUACAGAACAAAGGAAUAUAUCAGCCUCUUAAACCGCUUAAUUGCCAACCUCUGGCAAACCAAACUAUGUCAUUGAUGGAAGAAACUGUUUGUCCUAUGGAUAAUUUUGAACCUAAUAAUGGAGUUUUGGACGACAGCGUGUUUGCUAACGAAAUGUUAUCUUGGUACCAAGACGACGCUACUCCUCAGACUAGAACAGCGACUCUGGUUUAAAGAAUGUAAAUAGGUAGGAUGUUCAUACCUAAAGCUUACUUAUCAUGUAUUAUCAUUGUAAUUAUAUUAUAUUAUAAUGAGCAACUUAUAAGUUGCCUAACCUAACCUUGGGUACUAUAACUGUAGAUACUUUGUUGUAAUUAUUAAAGCUUGCCCUUUAGUUAUAGUUAUAUUAUAUAAGCAUGUAGAGUUAUGUAAAUGGAUUUAUCGGGUUUAAUAUUGAAGAUUAAUUGUGAAUAAACUUUUUAACAUUUCUUAUACAAGUCCAUGUAAAAUGAUAGACCAAAGAUUGACACCAGUGAUUUAUUGUAUUGGUUAAUCUGUGAAAACCAUUAUUAUUUAUAAUUGCCGUCUUUAGAACACAAGUAAAUGUUACAAUGUUAUCGUUUUUGAUUUUCAUUUUGUAAUAUCCUUUUUAACUUUUUAUUGUAUUUUGUAUUAAAAAAAUAAUAUUCAUUUAAAAUUAAUUUUAGGAUUAUAAUUUCUGGUAUUAAUAAUA